ACAACAAAAUUUAUACACUUCCUGUAUCUUCUUGAAAAAAGAUGAAUUGGUGAAACUGUAUGUUGGUCGGAUAUGGUUUCUUUUGGAGCAAUGUGGUUAGGAUGACUUUUUGAUUGGGCGAGGUAGAGAGAAAGUAGACAUGAAUAAGAUCGCGAACGUUGUGUAUUCGGGAUGGAUGGUCAAAUCCCCUCCGGAGAAGAAAUUUCGCCUGACUGGGGCGUGGAAAAUUUUCCGAGCUUUCUCCCCCGAUGUGAUGGACACAACACGAUGGAAGAAGAGGUUCUUUGUUUUGUUCAAGCCCGAGGGUAGUCUGCCUCACCAGUACGUUUUGAACUACUACAGCGAUGAAAACUGUAAACGGCUGAAAGGAGUUAUAGACCUUGAACACUGUGAACAAAUCAUCGAGUCUCUUGACCUUGAACUUUACCCUUUCCUGCUGGCAAUCAAGACCUUCCACAAGAAUAAAGAGCGGACUUAUUUCCUGGCAACCGACACGGAGGAACAAAUGACCACGUGGGUGCGCAAUUUGUGUAGUGUGUGUGGAUUAAAGCCGGAAGAAAAUCCCACAACGGAUGACAUCCCCCCGCCUGUCACAGAUAACCCUAGAACCAGUUUCUCCACGUCUCCAGACAACCCCCAACCCAAACCAGUGCUGGCAGUGCCCCCCAUCACAACAGAGCCCACGAUUCCAGAGUUCAUGAUGCCCCCUGAAUCUCAGGAGGACUACAUCCCUCUGGCGCACUGCAGCUCAGGGAAAAAACGAACCCCAAACCGACAGGAGAGUGUGGACAGUAUUCCAGACGAACAUGCCCCUCCCCCUCCAGUGAAGGAGGGUCACAUUGACAUAGACAAUGAUGUGUUUCACCCAUCAACAUAUGAUACGCCAAAACGCUUAGAAAGAGUGAUAGACAGUAUAUACAAGGUGCCCCCACCUAGAGUUAUAACCCCUGAUCAGAACAAUGCUCAGGACACUUACGACGUUCCUCCCCCGACACAUCACAGCCCGAGCUCCCCACGCUCCAGUAGUAGUGACAGUCAAAAAGUUGACUCCGCCUACUCCUCACAAACUGGUCUCCCCUCCUACGAUUACCCUCCGCACAGUGGGGACCAGCUAGGACAUGAUGAUGUGUAUGAUAUCCCGCCUUUAAAUCAUCCUAGUGUUCCAGGAAUGGGAGAUGUCCCCCCUCGACCCCCACCCCCCAAAUCCUACAAUCAAGAACCAUACCAAAACCUUCCCAACAACAGUCGAAUUUCUAACUUUGAUCUGGACAAAGUGGUGCCAACUUCAGCCAUGGAUAAACAUUGUUCUAUUGGAUCUUAUGAUAUCCCCCCACCCAAACUUACAUACUAUGAAAGACCCAAAGGAACCUUAGCAAACGGGGAUGUAAAAGGUGUGUCUCCCAAUAGUGUUCCCCCUCCCCCCCAGAGGUGUUCAGCGGGUAUGUCUCACAGCUAUAUAAAUGCGGGCAAAGGAUACGUUCAACCCCGCGUAGACGGUGAAAACAAUUACCUCCCCAUGGAGGGAAACAGGUCAAGGAAUAAUUCAGACAGUGUGUACCACGAUAUGUCAGGGGGUCAUGACCCCUACCUGGAUAUGACCCCAGGUCACCACGAUGUGUAUGAUAAGCCCCCAGCAAGACCCCCCAGAGUGUCUCCUAGACCAUCCACUAACCAAGAACAAGACACAUACUCUAUAUUUAGCACCUCACGGACCCGCAGUUUUAAACGUCACCCAAGUUCCAGUAGCUCACAGGGGACGCUAGAGAAAAGGUCAAACCAGCCUGCCCCACCCCUGCCCUCCCCCCUGAGGAUUCACCCCGACAUGGAGACCAGCUCUGAGGAGGACGAUUACUUGGUGGACCCUAAACAGGUCAUGAUGCCCCACUACUGCUCAGAUCAGAGAUCCAAAGGUUGGGAAGAUAUUCCUCCUGCCCCUAAACAGGACAAUGAGCUCAAGUAUUUAGACCUGGCGCUGGACAAUCCUGAUAAUGACCACGAGACCCACCGACUAAACGCCCCACCCCCGGGACAAAGUACACCCACAGAGUACAAGGAGAUUGACUUUGUCAAGACAAUAGGGCUGCAGGAACUUAAGUCCAAAGUACAGAAUGACCGUAAACAUGAUGAAGCGUGAGGUCGGGUGACCACUGUAAGGUACACAUAAGGGGUGUGAUGACACCAGCCGAGCAUGGGACAUGGUGAUUUAUUCAUUCCUAGCCAAGGACAAGCUUGUUAUUGUUGGAGGUCUGUGUCAUUGUGCAAUCUGAUUUGUGAUUGGUUAUUUCUCAAAGAGAAUGAAUUAUAUUGCAAGUUUUUUUUCAAAGGUUAAAUGAAUGAAGAAAAGCUAUUUCGUCAAAAAUCUAAGGAAUAUCUCAUUGAAUCUGAUGAAUAGAUUUGAAAAUAAUCUUGCAGAAUGUUUGUAAUAAGGAAAUUAGUGGAAGUAAUGGCUGUUUUGCUUUUAUUGUCAAUAUAAAGUCGUAAAGGAUGAUGUUAAUAUGGAGUCCUGGGAGUUAACUCCCUUUACAUUUUUGCUGAUUAUACGUAAUGGUUGUUAUAUGGCCAUCAACAAAGUAGACAAUGUAUAAACAUUGAAUUCACAAUAGUAUCUGUCUCCAUGUAAGAGGUCCAUUACCAUAAUUAGUUCAUCCGUACAUUCAUUUCUAAUUAUUUCCCAAGUGUCAAAUAUUCGACCAAGAAUCAAACUGCCGACAUUAAGUGUAGGACCAGAUUAAUUAUAAGGAUUCAAAUGUAUGAUCUUUUUUCUAAGUGGUUUGUAAAAUUGUUAGUUUUCUGUGUUUACUUGUAAUUACUUUGUUGUCAUUUUGAAGAUAUGCAGCUACACACGAUAGAAGAUGAGAUGAUGAUGUUUGAGAAAUAGUGUUUGGUUGUUAGACUAUGUAUAGUAAUAUUAAGAUGGAUAUUUGAGAAGUUUUUGUAUGGUUGUUAGUCUACAUACAUGUACAAUGUGAGAUGAUGUGUGAGAAGUAUUGUUUGGUUGUUAGAUUGUGUAUAUUAAGAGAUUACCCUUGUUUUUUGAUGGUUGUUUAGAAGAGUGCUUCACAUUAUAUAUAUACAUGACUGUAUACUUGUUAAAAUCAUAGCUUACUCAAUUUUACAUGUAUAAACUUUGAUGUCACUUAAUUCUGCAUUGAGUAAGGAGUAUUUUUGAAAGAAAUCAAUGAAUAUAGAGAGUGAAAGUUACGUCAAUCAGGUUGUCAUCAGAAUAUUUUAAAUAUUUUGUAUUUUUUAUAAAAGAAAUUUUGAAAAACAACUUAAUUAUAUCUUGCCACCACUGUUUUUGAUAAUAUUUUAGAAAAUGCCAAAAACUUGAUGAGUUGUCACAAAACACAUGCUAAAGCCAAAGACUGUGUGUUGCUCAGUGAAUUUAGAAGUCCUUGUUUGGUAGUCAUGGUAACUAGAAACUGUCCAGUUAUCCUUCUGUUUUCAUUGAUUACAAAGAAUAAAUGUACUAUGUUUGUUUGUUUGUUUUUUUUUUUGUUAAUUGUGAUAAAUAAAUCUUAUUUUGCUAAAUGUUUAGUAAACAUUUAUGAAAUUUUUCAGCAGGUCUUGUUCAUGUAAAACAUGGAUGAAAGAGAGAUUUUUAAUUUGAAUUACAUUCAUGAAGUAAACUUACUGUGACAGAUGUGUUUAUAACAAUUGCAGGACAGGAUUAUGAUGUUUUAUCACAUGGCUACCUAGUCGUUUCUGGUACAAAGUACAGUUGUUUGUCUAACAGUGAGUUCAUUUGUAUGGUAUAUGCUCAAAGUUACUUUAUAAUUGUCAAACACAACCAGCAGUAUUAUACAUUUUCUGCAGUUUCAAAUUGUUGUUUACUUAAGUUGCUGUUUCUUGUUUUUUUAUUAUAUCUUAAGUAUGCUUAUUUUAGGUGGUUUUAUGUUGACUUUAAUAUAAGAAAUUGAGAUCAAAGUCACCCUGAACCAAGAUAAAUAAAACCUGAUUAUUUUGUACAUUUAAUGAAAGCUAUGAAUGAACUCUUUAAUGCAUUUUUAUAGAGUUUAUACACAAACAUUUAUUUUCAUAACAUGUAGUGUCUAAUAUAUGCCAACCAGACCAACUUCCAAGCUGUCAAACCCCCUCCCAACUUCUCUCUAAAAUAACUAGAAAAAAAAACUAAAAAGUCACUCACAGUGCCCAAAACAAAUGUCUUUAUUUGAGUGAAGAAUGGCUCAAAUCCUAUACUUUUACACAAUCAUUCAAAACCAGAAGCUUUAUAGAUACAGAGAGUCACUCGAAUAUGAAACCUAUUUCUCUCCCAAAUAAAACAAAAAAAAUCAAACCCUUUCCAUCUGUAGUAAAAUAACCCGAGUCCUCAUUUCUCCAAUAAGUUACUCAAAGCCAGAACAAUCAUUUGUCCCAAAAUAUAACAAGAGGCUUUACAGAUACAGGGAGUAGCUUCCCUUUUCUCCCCCAAGUAAGUAAAAAUUCUUCUCUGAGUAAGAAAAUAAACUGGAGUCUCAGAUCUUUCCUUGAGUAAAUAAUGGGAGGCCCAAUUUUUCACGUCACUUUGUAACCUGAGUUAUCCCAUGCAAGUUAAAACUAUGGCCACAUUCUACUGAAACACACGGAAAUGGGAGUUUCUACUUAAAAAUAAGAGCACUCACAGCCCCCCAGAAUAACUCAAAUCCACCGUUCCUUCCCAUAGUCAAACUAUUCCACAGUUAUUUACAUGCAAAAUUUACCAUUUCAGAUGCAUAGGGUUAAGUCAAAGAUCAUUUUCGCAGGAAUGACUUCUUAUUUCUAGUGUGCACCAAUAUCUGUCCUAACCACAUUUGAUGAACUUUAAAUGCAAUGAAUUUCAAUUAAUGUUGUAUGUUUUGUUGUAUAUAGUGAUAGUCAUUAUUUUAUAAUAUUUGACUUUUUUUUUUCAAUCUAUAUAUACAUAUAUAUCAAUUGUUUAUCUAUAUCCUUUGUUAAGACUGAUUCUUUUACGAUACUGACCUACUUUUCUCUGUUAAAAUUCAAUGACAUGAAAAAUUAAGUGUGCCAUUGUACAAUAUGAAAGUCAGCAUCAGAAAUGUAAUGCAUCUGGUGAAAAGUAGUUUAAAAUAAACUUACAAAUAAUGCCA